AUGGCCGCCAGCCCAGUGGCGGAGCCGCAGGGCAGGCGCGAGGGCAGUGCUCGGGGUGGACCUGCACCAGAGCUGUGCCAGAGCUGGCCUCCCUCGGAGCGGCUCGGCGUGGACCUGUGCCAGAGCUGGUGCUGGGAGCACCAGAGCCUGCAUGUGCCCCGCGCCGAGGAUGCCGAGCUCGGCGGCCAGGUCAAGCUGCGCAGCGCCUGGUGGGGCCACCCCGUCCGCGAGGGGCUGCGCCGCGACGUCACCGCCAGCGUGGCCGAGCUGCUCGGUGCUGGCGAGGCCAGCGGUGUUGAGGUGCCCGCUACCACGGCGGCGUGGGGGGACCCGGCCAGGUUCAUGCUGAAGCAGCUCGCGGUGGAGUACGAAUUCGCGUGGUUGAGUGAACAAGAGCUCGCCGCGUUCGAGCACCUUCAGGUCCGCGCCAACAGCAAGGCCAUGGACCAACUGGCCGAGGUGGAGGGGCUCCUCUCGCGCGUGCGCGCCUGGGGCGAGCAGGUGCCUUGGUCCAGUUGCUCUGCGACUGGGGCAGCAUCAGUGUGCGGAGACGCAGCUGCUGGCUGGGGUGACAUCUCUCCCCGUUGGAAGCGGCUUGGGUUCCAGUCGAGCAAUCCAAGGACUGAUUUGCGGACAGGGAUCCUGGCAUUGGACAGCCUUGUCUACCUGGUAGAGAGGUAUCCACAACCCGCCCAGCGGAUGGUCGUCGAGGCGGCGUCCGAUGAGUACGAUUACCCGUUUGCCGUCGCAUCGAUCAACGUGACGCAGAUGCUGGCCAAAUAUCUGCGGCUGCUGACGGGACUGACGCAGGCUCAGCAGAGAGAAGAGGCCAUGAUCCACGAUCGCAGACAGUUGCGGGCCUUCGCGCAGCUCUGUGUAUGCGCGGCGCGCAUGGGUUGGGAUGCCUUCGGGGAGCUGUACUGCGCCGCCAUGGUGCGGAUGCACCAGACCUGGAAGGAGAUGAAGACACAGAGGCCCGAGCUCAACGUGUUCAGUUUCGCCGAGGUGCUGGAGGACGUCGCGGCGGCAGUGCAGGAGUUCUUCGGCACUGCUCGGCUGGACUCUGCCGAGGAGACUUCCCCGCGGGGUUCACCGAGCUCCACCACAUCGCCGUGCCAGCUCGGGCGUGCGGGCACAACCUGGAGGACGCCGCCCCGCUGUCGCCAUCCGCGCAGGCCGCACGGCUUGGAAGUGCGGGUGCUCAGGCAGGCCGCGGCCCAGUCGGCGUACUCCAUGCUCUCGGGCCUGGUCGAGCCGCCGACCCCGCCGUCGGCUCCGAGCGCCGCGGAGGGAGCCCAGGGCAAGACACGCCGGGAUCAUCGCCACGCAGGGAAAGACGUGAAGGCCGACAGCCUGGCGUGGACGCUGGGCCACUCAGGCGGCUGGAAGCGGGCCCCCGGGUUCGGCGACGAUCAGGCACCAAGGCGGGCCGACGAGCCGCCCCGCUCUCUGCGCGCCAGCGCGGCCACGCUGCCGCGGCGAGUGCUGGCGCGAGUGUUGGCCGCGGACCUCACCUGCACGCGGCUGCCGCCGAAGCGCCGUGCGCCGUCCUGCUCCGGAGCGGCGGCGCAGGUGGUGGUCAAGAACCCGACAUACACGCAGCUACCGCCAGAGCGUUGA